AUGAAGGAACUCCCCUAUUCCGAAGAAGGUGGUUCAAUAGGAGAAACGUACAACGGAAAUGGUUAUUACACUCUGCUUCACUAUCGAAAAGAGAAAGUUUCAGAACAAUCCGGUGGAAAAGAAGCAUUUCGUAGUCAACAGUCGCUUGGACUGAUAACGCAGAAGUUCAUGAACUUGCGACAAAAAAAUGAGGUAAAUUGUCUCGUUUGAAAUAGAAUUUGCUUCAAUUACAUUGCAAAAUCUUCUAAUUAGAUUGCGAUCACUGCAAUUUUUCUAAUUAGAUUGCAAACUCUUCUAAUUAGAUUGCAAUCGAGUUUCCAGAGAUAGGCAUAUAUCCAGUGUCUCACGGCACGUGAAAUUUUAAACUGACCCAAACUAUGUUAGUUGGAUACAUAUUAGUAAUAUAAAUGAAUUUUAAUUUGAAUUAGUACUAGCAGGGGCAGUAAUGUAAGAACCAAAGCUGCAUGAAAGUAAUUUUUCCGAAAAAACGCAAAAUACGUUUUUUUUUUCUUGGAAAACGGAAAACAACUGUAUCUGUCCGUUUUAGUUUAUAAUAUGUAUCAGAGCUCCACGGUCUCCAGAGCUGACAAUAUGGGCGUGGCCUCGGCCAAAUGGCGUUUUCAUGAAUUGAGCAGGUUUUCUCUGACUUUUGUGGUCAAAGGCGAUGAAAAGUGAUUGUUCGACAUGAAAACACACUAAUUCUCAGAAUUAAUGACGUUUUGGCGCAUUUUUCGCGGCUUUUGCUUUUUCGCCUUCGUCGCCGAACGCCGCCUAAAAACCGCACUUCUGAUUUUGCGCUUUCUUGACCGUUUUCAGACAGAAUUGGUUUUGAGAAUGAUAAAUCACGUAAAUACAAGCAUUUUGAGCGCUCGAACCGCGAAAACUAUCGAAAAGCAACUGAAAUUCACGCAGUUUUAGCCAAAAACCUUCAAACGGAUAAAUGUGAUUUGCGACUUGACCAAAUUUUACGCUCUUGCGCUUAAAAAAUUCGUAAUAGCCUAUACAAUCGGUCUAUCGAGAGACAAAUGAGAAAUUAUCGGUUUUUCGUGGCUAAUCUGGCAAAAAACACAAAUUUUGCUGUUAAAAUUUGAAUUUCGCUCUAUUGGGCGGGGCGCACUUGCGCCCAUUGUAAGCUCUGGAGACCGUGCGGAGUGACAUCGUUUGGAUUAGUUGAAAUUUUCAUGUGCCGCGGUUUUUCUUUGCUAAUAUUUUGGGAUCAUGACAAAUGUCCUAAAAAUCUAAUUUUUCAGGUAAUGAACUUGAACGACGUUGUCAAAGAGCUGGGGAUUUCGAAACGGCGUGUAUACGACGUUAUUAAUGUUCUGGAAGGACUAGGAUAUGUAGAAAAGGUUGAGAAGAAUAACAUUAAAUGGAUGUAAGUCGGCAAGAAUAUUAUACUCAAUUUACCGCUCUUGCCCGCUCGGUGUUUGCAGACUCAAGCUUAAUUUCAGAACAUUUCGGUUUGAGUCUGCAAACACUGAGGGGCAAUAGCGAUGAAUUGAGUUUAUUUCCCAAUGUGACCAGAUCGGUCCUAAGUUUUUUUUUUCAAAAAAGUAGUUCAAGGAAGAUUCAGUUCAAGCUUGCCGCAUACUAUUAAUGUGUGUCGUGGCUUCUGCAAUACAAAAUUAGGUGGUACAAGGAAUGAGGAUUUGCUAUUAUAGGGGCACCGCACAGAAAAGGCGCUCUGUUGAGAAACUCUUUUUGCAGUGCAAAUUUUGCGACCUCGGGGCCGAGUUUGAAAAGUUAGGCCAGUGGAAAAUGACUUCGCGGCCUAGAAAUUCUGCCAGAUUGCGAACAGCGCGCCCUUUCUGUCCGGUGCCCCCAUUUUUCACGCAAAUUUCGGCCGACUUUGGACAGAAAAAUCUGCGGUUUUUACGGUUUUUCCGAGACAUUGAACGCGGCAUAACGCGUGACCGUAGAGCGCGCUUGCAUUAUCAAUCGAAAAAUUUCUUGAUGAAAACAAAAGAAGUUGUCGGCGACAUGGUUAACACAAAAAAUUGAAUUUCAAAAAAUCAGAACAAGCAAAGUCAAAAAUUAGAAACAUUUUUCUGCAAUUAGCUAAUCAAAAAAUUCGUGCGUAUUGAAGAGAGCCCGUUUUCUCGAAACGUGUGGGUUUAAAAAAUGUCAAGGGGCAGGUACAACCCAGCUUUCUCAACCAUUUUGAUACUUUUUGUUAAUACAUGAUUAGAUUUAACUAUUGGACACAAGAAAUCUGUAAAAUAAAAGCGGUUUGACUAAAUGAGAUCAAGUAAACUACAAAAGAAAAACGUUUCGGUCACUUAAAAAAUCAGAAAAUGUUUUUUCGAAAAAUAUGAGACCUACAAGUUUUAGACAUCGGGAAGGACUACAAUUUGCGAUUUUGACCAAGAAAAAAUAUGCACUUUGAACGGAGAUACGUACAUUUCAAGUUUUCAGUUGUAAAAGUAGUGGUUUUUUAUGUUUUCACGAAAAAUCGAGAGCUAGACAGAAAUUCUCAAAAAACAAACGCCUACAAGCGAUUCCAAAUUUCAUAAGCUUUCUUUUGCGACCUCUAACGAGCAGAUUGGUUGAAAUUGAAGCGAGAAACGUAGAUUUGAAGUAGACCGACUCGAGCUAAGCUUACGGUAGAUCAGAUUCUUACAGGCUUACCGACGGCAGCAACGUUCAUUCUCACUCGACUAUCAUUUAACUUGUAAUUUUAGUCUUUAUGACUUUUCUGACAUAUAUUUCAAAGAACUGGUGUAUUCUGACUCUUCCGUCUAGUAGAAGACGUUGUGAAUAUAGCAUCAUAAUUCCGUACUCCAGAAUUGCGAAAUUUCCGGAUUUUUGAUUGCUGUUUGUUUUAAAGACGCAUAUAGAAUACUUUGAUGUUGAAAUAAGUCGAAAAUCGUUUUUCGUUCUCCGACAGCACGCUUCUAAAGAAGCCGACGGAAGACUGUAGUUAUAUUCCCGAAUAUAUUCCCGUCGACGUAUUAUGGGGCUAUUCAGCGUAUGUUUUUUUUCCCGUUUUUUUCGUUUUUUUACACCGCUGAAUUGGGUUUUUUGACGUAAAAAAAACGGAAAAAAAUCAUUUUUUUCACAGAAAAUUGAAAUUGAGCGACCUUGGGGCCGAGUUUGAAAAGUUAGGCCACGUUUUCAGUGGAAAAUUACUUCGCGGCCUAGAAAUUCUGCCAGAUUGCGAACAGCGCGCCCUUUCUGUCCGGUGCCCCUAUAAUACAGUCCGUUUCAUAAGUAUAGGGCCACCCCUAAAAUUGAAUAUAUCGUCUUUCCCGAACAAAAUAAAUGUUGCAACUGCAAGCGUUUCAUAAGUAUAGCCUACGGCCACCCCUGAAAACACUCUGGAAGCCUCUUAAACUGAUAAACAUGAUCUUGAAUGGGGUUCUUUGCACCUUUAGGAUGUCCAAACAGCCUUUUUGAAAUCAUGUGCAAUGACCCCGGGGCCACUCUCCCAGGUUUAGCCUCAUGUUCUGUGUGGAGCUCGGGAGUGGAGCCGGGGGACUCCGAUGAUCUCAAUUGAGUCAAAUCUUGUUUGAAACAAGUUUUGUGAGCAUUUUCAAGUCAAUUUUUUUGAAGCAUGUCGAAUCUCUAGCACGUGAUAUCAGAUUUUUGGCCAAAAUGAAGCCAGGCCCAACAAGGAUCCGACUGGCUUGAGCGUCAAACUCCAGGCUGACAUUGCACACUUAUGGAACUUCAUAAGGAAGGUUUGAAGCAUGACAUGUUUGACAUUUUUCAGUACAUUUCUGUUGAUUUUCUUCACUUAAACAAUCGGGAGCUCAUAACUCUGUUGAAAGUGAUCCGAUUGACACCAAACUCAAACAUGUCAUGCUUCAAACCUUCCUUAUGAAGUUCCAUAAGUGUGCAAUGCCAGCCUGGAGUUUGACGCUCAAGCCAGUCUGAUCCUUGUUGGGCCUGGUUUCAUUUUGGCCAAAAAUCUGAUAUCACGUGCUAGAGAUUCGACAUGCUUCAACAAAAUUGACUUGAAAAUGCUCACAAAACUUGUUUCAAACAAGAUUUGACUCAAUUAAGAUCAUCGGAGUCCCCCGGCUCCACUCCCGAGCUCCACACAGAACAUGAGGUCCUGUCUUUGUAUUUUGUUCGGGAAUCACAAUAUAUUCAAUUUUAGGGGUGGCCCUAUACUUAUGAAACGGACUGUAGAUUAGAAACGAUUUGCCUGAGUAUGUAGCAGUUCUGAUUCGUGCGCGUUAUGGUACGGGCGCAGUUCUGAUUCGGGCAGUUCUCAAUCCUUGUACCAACUAAAAUUCUCCCAAGAAUAUGAAAGUCCACAUUUUUGAAGGUCAAAAAAGUAUCGAUCAUUUUCUAAUUGAAUUGCAAUUCAUUUAUCGGAGCUUGGAAAUGCCGUGCUUCCAUCAAUGUGAAAUUUACAGAGGAGAUAGGAAUAAAGAUGAUCUGCAAGAUCAGUUAGAAGCUGGCGUCGAAAACUUGCGUCAACAAGAGAGAAUUGUGGAGCAUAUGCUUCGGGACGCGCAAUCGUUGAUUAGACUAAAUAUCGACGAUCCUAUAAAUCGGCCAUAUAGGUAUUGUAUUUUUUUUUAGAAGGGUGUACUCCCGCUCUUGUUCUCUUGGUGCUUGCGGGCUCAAGCUAGAUUGUUUAAGGAUACAAUCAAAUUAUUCCUCUUAUAUGAGCAAGAGCACUAAGCGUCCCAAAAGGCCACGCCCACUUUUCGGUUCGGUUGUUGAAUGAGUGGUGAUCGAACUUCAGAGAUAAAAUGAGAGUAAGGUUUUUAACUUCACGUCUCUUUUUUUUUAAAUCGCCGGGCCUGGACUAGAAUAUAGUCUAGAAAAAACGGCAUUUAAUUCCGAGGGUACAACAAUUUUGGGGCACAACAGGGUACAACCUAUUUUGGGGUACAACUUUUUUAAUUUUGGGGUACAACUUCCCCGAUUUUAGGGAACAAUUUCUGUCAAGUAUUUUAGGGUACAAUAAUUUUAGGGUACAACACUUUUAGGGCACAACUAGCACAUAAUUUCAGGGCACAACUUCUUACAAUUUUGGGGCACAACAACAUGAUUUUAGGGUACAACACUUUUUUUCUCAUUUUUUUGUAUUUUCUUGCAUUUUACUACAAACCCAUAUUCUUUUUAUAUCAAUAUUUCGCUGAUUUUUUUAUUUCAAUGACUCAUCUCUUGUAAGAGAACCAGUCUUUCGACUCGUGCUUUCUGCGGCAGUUCACACAUUUUGUUUUCAUCAAAUCGUGAGGUUAUUCAAAACCUUUUAUUGCAAAAAAGCAUAUGACAGUAACAAGUUGAGCACAAAUGAACGGAUCUGAAAUAAAGAGUAGUUAAUCUAGUCUAUUGUCUAUUGUUUUCUUGCAGUAGAGGUUUUAGUGCACCACAAAAUAUGCUCCCAAGGGAAGCCUUGAUCCUAUUCUCAUAAACCCGCCUUAUUAAUAGAGCUAUUUAAAACCUAGAUUAACUACUCUUUAUUUCAGAUCCGUUCAUUUGUGCUCAACUUUAAUAAUAACUCAUUUAUUCUCUUCAGCCACCUAGGAAUAAAAUUACAACAAAAAAGAAAGAAGAGAAAAAAAAGAGGGGGAAUGUGGGUGGGGGAAGGAACAAUGGCUUGACAUGACCAUUGGCCGGCAGUAGCCAGAGGUCAGUUAGAAUACAAAAAGCUAGGGGGGAUCUUCUCGAUGCGCGCUGCGAAGGCCUCAGAGGACAGUCUUUCGGGAAACAACUUGGCCACUCGGUUCCAAAGGGCAAGAUAAGGCAAGAUAUAACUUGUUACUGUCAUAUGCUUUUUUGCUUUGAAUAACCUCACGAUUUGAUGAAAACAAAAUGUGUGAACUGCCGCAGAAAGCACGAGUCGAAAGACUGGUUCUCUUACAAGAGAUGAGUCAUUGAAAUAAAAAAAUCAGCGAAAUAUUGCUAUAAAAAGAAUAUGGGUUUGUAGUAAAAUGCAAGAAAAUACAAAAAAAUGAGAAAAAAAAGUGUUGUACCCUAAAAUCAUGUUGUUGUGCCCCAAAAUUGUAAGAAGUUGUGCCCUGAAAUUAUGUGCUAGUUGUGCCCUAAAAGUGUUGUACCCUAAAAUUAUUGUACCCUAAAAUACUUGACAGAAAUUAUUCCCUAAAAUCGGGGAAGUUGUACCCCAAAAUUAAAAAAGUUGUACCCCAAAAUAGGUUGUACCCUGUUGUGCCCCAAAAUUGUUGUACCCUCGGAAUUAAAUGCCAGAAAAAACAAGCAAUGUGCGGGGCGAGGCCGGGGACGUGGAGUUCUCUCUAGUCCCGUAAAAAAAACGCCUUGCGUUUGCGAAAAACUUUCGAAAUUUGCCGUAGAAGGAAAAAGGGGUCUCUUGGGACGUGCACCACUCAGGUAAAUCGUUUGUAAUCUAGCUAGCUAAUUCACGUUUCUAACCGGACCUAAUUAGAUUGCUAAUUUACUGCGAUUAGAUUGCAAACUCUUCUAACUGGACUGAUACAUUUUCUAAUUUUUUUUUGGCAAAGCUAAUUAGAUUGCAAAAACACUGAUAUUAGAUUCAAAAUUUAUCUAAUUAGAUUAAAAUUUCGGGCAAACCUAGCUAAAUUAUGUUUAGAUUGCAAAAUCAGCUAGCUAGAUUCAGAAAUCGGUAGCAAUCUAACUAGGUCCGGUUAGAAACGAGAAUUAGCUAGUUAGAUUAGAAACGAUUUGCCUGAGCAGUCGCUGAUAGCAGUUUUGAGUACGCAAGCGUUGAAGUAAUCUAAUUAAUGGAAUGACAUUACGUUUUAGUUAUAUUCAAAAAAUCAAUCUUCGCGAAACAUCUGCCUCUAUUACGAAAUCAAUUGUUUUGAAGUCAGAUAUGGAUAGAAACAACAGCUUUGAAGUGAGUUUUAACUCUGGGAACUCGAUCGCAAUCUAAUUAGAAAACUGUGCAAUCUAAUACGAACUCGUUUCUCUGGCAUUGCGUUAUUAAUCUAAUCGUAGUGUACUCGAGUUCUACGGCGGCCUAAUAAGAUUGAUAUGACACCUAAUUAGAUUAAUAAAUUGUCUAGCUAGAUUAAUAAAUCUUCUAAUUAGAUUGAUAUGUGCUCAAAUCAAGUUUCACGCCAACCGUCUGCUGGCUCAAAUCACGAUUGCGCCAAGAAAAAACAGUCCAAUCUAAUUAGGUCGCGUUUAGAUCAGUAACUUUCUAAUUAGAUUAAUAUCGAAUUGCCAGAGUUUGAAAUAGAAUUUGCUUCAAUUAGAUUGCAAAAUCUUCUAAUUAGAUUGCAAUCACUGCAAUUUUUCUAAUUAGUUUGCAUUUUUUUUCUUAUUAGAUUGCAAUUCAGGAAAAAUAUAUUGUAAUCUAAUACGAUUUUACUGGAACUUCAAUUAAAUCUGAUUAGAUUGCGAAAUAGAGCUUUUUCUUAUUAGAUUGCAAACUCUUCUAAUUAGAUUGCAAUCGAGUUUCCAGAGCUUGUAUGAUCACGCGUCAUUAUACCAUUUGGAAGGCGGGGAGCUGACAAUAUGGGCGUGGCCUCGGCCAAAUGGCGUUUUCAUGAAUUGAGCAGGUUCUCUUCCGAUUUUUGUCGUCAAAGGCGAUGAAAAAUGAUUGUUCGACAUGAAAACACACUAAUUCUCAGAAUUAAUGGCAUUUUGGCGCAUUUUUCGCAUUUUUCGCGGAUUUCGCAUUUUGAGCGCUCGAACCGCUAAAACUACCGAAAAGCAACUGAAAUUCACGCAGUUUUAGCCAAAAACAUUCAAACGGAUAAAUGUGAUUUGCGAAUUGACCAAAUUUAACGCUCUUGCGCUUUAAAAAAAAAUUCAUAAUAGCCUAUACAAUCGGUCUAUCGAGAGACAAAUGAGAAAUUAUCGGUUUUUCGUGGCUAAUCUGGCAAAAAACACAAAUUUUGCUGUUAAAAUUUGAAUUUCGCGCCAAUGUAUCGCUCUAUUGGGCGGGGCGCACUUGUGCCCAUUGUCAGCUCUGGAGACCGUGGGUCCGUGGAUCAGACCUCGAAAAUCCUCAAAGGGCAUUGCUUAUCCUUCCUGAACAUAAUUAAAUUUUCCACAGACCCCUCAACGUGAAUUCUGUUACAGAUACAAGUGACCGAUCCCAGUUCUAGCAAUAAGUACGAUAUGAUAAUAAGAAACAUAAAUGGCGUGAAAUCACAUGCGUUGUUAUUAACACAUGACGGUGAUGAUGAAGCUUCUUCUGAAAAUCCAAUGGUUGUGAUAGAUAGACAAGAAGACGUCACUCUUGCCUUUUUACCAACCAAUUCAAUGCCGCUUAGUGUUCUCAGAGAAAAGGACGAUCUAUCGGAUACUGAUGACCUCGGUAUGUAUUAUAAGCCGAGGCAAUGUUCGGAAGCGGCUUCGCCUGUUUUUUGAUUAUCUCAUACGUUUGAUAAUUAAUGUUUAUUUCUUAUUUUCUCCGUAACACUGACAUUUGCGAACAUUCGACAAAAUCGAAAAAAAAUUACGUGCUAAAAAUAGUUUCAGAUCGAACAUUGAAACAUGAUAUUUCAAAUUGUCUUUAUUUUCAGAAACGUUCGUGAUACCGACAACGACGUCGGGAGAAAUCGGCUCGACAUUCACUAUUGAGACACCGGGGAGAGGUCUUUUAUUCAGCCCAUUCAAGUCACUAAUUGACCCAACGUGCAUUCUUCCUACGUAUUCUGAAAAUCAAGACUAUAUUUGUAUCAAUGCAUUGAAAGAACAGGAAGCUCCGUCCUCGCACGAUAUAACAAGCGUAGUAGAAAUUUUCACGGACUAG